CGAAUAAAACAUUCUGAUUCUGAUGUCAUGCACUUUUUAGACGAGCCCUUACUUACUCCACAUAAAGAGCCAGAUAUUUUCGUUCCUGAAGCAGUCUUCAGUAAACUUUCACGCGAGCUCCCAAAGGACUUUCAAAGCACCUUCUCUAGGCUUCAAAAUUAUGGAGAAACCCUGCAUACUGGCCCCAAUUAUUGGACCAAAGGGUAUCUACAUGUGUUUUAAGCCGUUCAUUGAGAAGCAUUUCACAAUAAUCGAGUAUGAAGAAUUUUAUGAAAGGAAGGAACAUUUUGCAGAGAAGAUCCAGGCAAUCUUUGUGUGGGGUAAACCCUUAAAUGUGAAUCGGGAACUUUUACAGGCAUUACCCAAACUUCAGGUUGUUGCGAAUGGUGGUGUAGGAGUGAACCACCUGGAUAUACCGCUAAUCAAUAGUUUUGGAGUGAAGGUCUGCAACACUCCCCACGUAGUUGAUAAUUCCACAGCAGACAUUGGGAUGGGACUGAUGUUGGCAUCAGCAAGGAAAAUUCUUGAAGGACAUAACUUUUCAAAAUACCAUGAAUCAGAAUACAUGCCAGAGUCUUCUUUAGGCAAUGAUGUCAGUGGUGCCACCUUGGGUAUCAUCGGUAUGGGGCGAAUUGGAUUUAAGGUUGCCAAAAGAGCUCAAAGUUUUGACAUGCGAAUCCUCUAUCAUAACAGAAAUCGAAGGACAGAAGAGGAUGAGAGGGCUGUAGGUGCUGUGUAUUGUGAGAAAAUGGAGGAGCUGCUGCAGAAGUCUGACUUUGUAAUGAUUGUGGUCUAUCUGUCUCCUCACACACACAAGCUGAUUGGCACUAAAGAACUCGCCAUGAUGAAGCCCAGCAGUACCCUCAUUAAUAUUAGCAGAGGUUUGGUUGUUGACCAAGAUGCUUUGGUUGAUGCUCUCCAAAAGAAAGUCAUUAAAGCUGCAGCGCUUGAUGUCACAUAUCCCGAGCCUCUUCCAAGAGAUCACCCUUUAUUGUCGCUUCCAAACGUAAUUGUCUUACCACACAUGGGGACGCACACCGUGGAGACCUCUCGAAUCAUGCUGGAGAGAAUGGUUGUCAAUACCCUGGCAGUUCUUAAUGGAGAACAGCCUCCAGAUGAAGUGAAGAUAUAGAUCACACCUACCUGUCACAUGCCUCACUUUUAAGCUUUACUUUUAAGAAUCUUCAGGGCUACUUAAUUAAAUACAGUAAAAGUAUCUGUGGGUGACACAACAAGCAUUCCACGUGACAAAAAAAAUCCAUCUUCUUGCCAUUAAAAAUAAACAAACCUUUUCCACAGAUUCUCCAUAUUCUGUAUAAACAAAGCAUAAGUGGGGACAGUGAUGGAAAUAAUUAAAUAAAGCAGUUAGAGCAAGAAAGCUUUCAAUAAAUCAGUAUAGUUGUUUAUUGCAAAUAAUUCAUGUUCAUGCUUAAUUCAAAUAAUUCAUGCAAAUUCAUGCUUGAAUGUCAAUAAAAGAACAUAAAAUUCCCAACACUGA